AUGAAUGAAAACGGUCAGCGUCUCCUUGAAUUCUGCGCAUCCAACAAUCUUUGUGUCACUAACACCUUCUUCCGAAGCAAAAUGGCUCACAAGGUGUCAUGGAAACAUCCUAGGUCGGGACAUUGGCACCAAUUAGACUUUAUUAUAUGUAGGAAAAGAGACUUGCGUGAUAUUUUAAAUACUCGUACCUAUCACAGCGCUGUUUGCGAUACGGACCACUCCUUGGUACUGUCUAAAAUUAAGCUUGUACCAAGGAAAAUACACUCAGCAAGACCGCAGUGCAAAGUGAGAGCACCAUUAGACACCUCAAAAUUAAAUGUUGACGCUGCUAAAAGCAGUUUUGUAUCGCACUUAGAGAACAGGCUUAGCUUAGAAACCUUAGAGUCCUCACAAAGUCUCGAAUCUGCUUGGACGACCUUUAAGACCACCCUUGUACAAACUGCUACAGAUUCUCUGGGAAGGAGAGCUAGGAGACAGGACGACUGGUUUGCUGCAAAUGAGUACGUUUUACAGCCUCUUGUUGAGGAGAAGAGGAAAGCUCAUCUCAACUACAUACAGAAUCCAACCGUCGCUCGUUAUAAGGACAGCUAUAAGGCUGCUAAAUCAAACCUACAACGCGUCUCUCGAGCAUGUGCAAACUCUUAUUGGACCGACUUGUGUACAAAGAUCCAACUAUGUCAUGAUGUUGGCGACUAUAGGGGAAUGUACCAGAAUAUCAAGACAGCAAUCGGUCCUACCAUUAGGAAGCGUGCUGCUAUCAAGGACCUAAAUGGUGAGCCAAUUUUGGACAAAAACAGGCAGCUGGAGAGAUGGGCACAACACUACACGGAUCUUUAUGCAGAACCUAUCUUAAUCAGCGCUUCGGCUUUAGAAACCCUUCCGAAAUUCCCUGUAGCAUCAGACUUAGAUAACGCACCUACUUUUGAGGAACUUCAUAUUGCUAUUAGGGGACUAAAAUUAGGGAAAAGUGUUGGGCGGGAUGGUAUCCCUGCAGAACUUCUUCGUGUUGGAUACGUGUCUUCACUACUGUUUGUCAUACUCUCGCGUUGCUGGGAAGAAGGAACUGUACCACAAGACAUGAGGGACGCUAAUAUAGUUACGUUGUAUAAAGGAAAGGGAGACAGAGGGGAUUGUAACCACUAUAGGGGAAUAUCACUACUAAGCAUCGCAGGAAAAGCCUUAGCAAAAGUGAUUCUGAAGAGGCUAGAGAUAUUAGCUGAUCGAGUAUAUCCAGAAUCACAAUGUGGCUUCAGAGCUGGAAGGUCUACCAUGGAUAUGAUAUUCUCUUUGAGGCAGAUACAGGAGAAGUGUCGAGAACAACAGGUGCCCCUCUAUACCGCUUUUGUAGACCUCAGAAAAGCCUUUGAUACGGUCAGUCGCGAGGGGCUCUAUAGGGUGCUCGAACACAUUGGUUGCCCAAAUAUCCUCUUAAGUAUCAUUAAGUCCUUCCAUGACAACAUGCGUGGAACUGUUGUAUUUGAGGGGAAGAAUCUGACCCGUUUAAUGUGA